AUGAGAAAGAUGAGCUUUGGGAAGAAAGAUGAAUAAAGAUAUCAGAAACAGCAAGAUGAUAGUGUAGUGAAUGCUAAUAUAGAUAUCACAGAUAUAACUGAUAAUAUUGACUAAACAGGACCAUCAAUAAUAGGCAACCAUAAACGGACAGCUUCUUUAAGCAGCACAAUGACAGAAGAUAUAACAGAAGAGAUAUAUAGUUACUAGGUGAAAACUAGGAGGUUUGCAAUAGUUCUGGUGUUACUGGGAUUAAUCUUGCUGUUAAGCGGUUAUUCAGCUCUUACUUAUGAUUUGAUUGAAUCAAAGAGAGCUAUAGAUACUAGUAGGUAUGUCUUUACUAUAAGACCUGAAUAAAAUGAUUAAUCUUAAAAUGACAAGGAAUAAUAUGGAGGGUUGAGUUUUGAAUUUAACAAAAUGACAUAUGCAUUGUUACAAGGACUUUCUCUUUUAAUGAAUUCACUUACAUUAAUCGAAGGAGGACUUAUUCUUUAUAUAUCAUUAAAAACAAUCUUUACCAUUCAAAGUCUAAUAAACAAAGGAAAUGGCUAGUUUAAAUAAAUGUAGCAAAAAACUAGAAAUAUUUUUGACACUGUGUUUUUGUUUGCCUUCAUUUAAGCAUCAAGUAGCUUAGUAUUCUCAGCAGUACUGAUAUAUAUUGUGGAAAAAGCAGACAAUAAAUUCCAAAAACAAAAUGAUACCUACGAUAUUCAACAAUCUCAAGAAGAUUAAAAAUCUAUUUUAUAAUUCGAGCAUGCCAUGUUUAUCAGAUGUUCCUUGACCAUUAUAUUCUUUACCUUAGGCUGUUUAUUCAAUGUGAUGGUGCUUAGAUCAUUCAAGAACUAUUAAAAAAGAUAUGAGGACCUGAUCAUGGAUAAAGUUCAUGAUUCCUCUCAAUUAGGCAUAAGUGUCAAAGGAAAUGCUAUUGGUGAAUACUGA